AUGGCUUCUACAGACGACGACCCAGACGGACAUGGUGGCGAUGCCGCUGAUGCUCCUGGACCGUUGACUCAUUUUCAUAAAUUCACUCAAUUACCACCCGAGCUCCGUUGCAGGAUCUGGAAGAUGGCUAUCUUCACAGAAAAGACACCAAAGAUUCAUUACUACUCGCUAUGUAAUGAUGACGAGGGAUACCGGAAGAGCUCCCUGGCGGAGCUGAUCGAUAUGUAUAAGAAUCCGGGACCGAAAGACGGGGUAUUUAGGCCCUUCAACCCUCUUGCACUGCAAUGCGAGCCGCAACAGUUUUCUUGGGCUGAUGAUAAUCGUUUGCAAAGUUACUGGAAUGCUGGCCUACGGACUGCGUGUUGGGAGUCUCGAACGAUCCUCCUACGUUACUACGGUCCCAAGCCAAGAAGACAGAAUCCCUUCGACUUCGUCAACAAGCGCCCGUACAAGAGGAGGAAGAAGAAGAAGAAGUCUUGCUCUACCACGAAUCCCAGUAAGAUCGUCACUAUACGCGAAAAGGGGGAAAUCAUCCACCUCGACUUCUCCAAGCGCGAUAUUAUAUGUUUCCGAUUCCCACCCGAAGAAAUGGCUCGCUGCGUCUUUCUUAAGUGGGAGUCAUUACUUAUCCGGCUUCCGUUCUAUCAUCUUCCACAGAAUUCAGACAUCAACCUAGCUUUUGAAUUCGAUCACAGUUGGAACGAGGGCCUGGGAACAACGGAGUCUACUGUUCUCGAAAACCUACAAGAGGCUUCGGCGAGAGGUCUGGUCUUGAGAGCCUUCUGGGCAUGGAAGGUGGGAGCCAUUCCACGAUGGACUCGAUUGUACUUGAUUGAUCGAGCAGAGCCACUCCCACCCAGAUAUCAGGUUGGGAGAAACUACGACUUGCGGUACGUGCCCAGUUCGAAGUAUCCCAGUGUGAAGUAUCCCAAGGAAUUUCCCUGCCAGCGUCGAGAAAGUCGUGUAUUCAUUGAUGGGGAGAACAAGUAUGUGGAAAGCUAUUCGUGGGAUCGCGAUGGACAGAAUUGCUGCAAUCGCCAUGUCCAAUCUGUGGCUGUAGACACAUUCAUGCGGACGGUGGACCGGUAUCAUCGCCCAUCCAAGGAUGAUCUGUACGGUCGUGAGGAUCUUCCCUUCUAUGGUGAGAUCUUCUUCAGGGUGUUACGACCAGUACCUAGGACAGAAGACUAA